GGACAUGCUAGCUGCCGCCAGAGCGCCGGGGACGGGAGUUAGCUUAGCGUGCUAACUGCAGCAGCGCCGGUCAGGGCGGCUGCUUUGACGGAGAGCAAACAGCGUUUCUGACGGAGUUUGUGGAGGAAAAGUUGGCGUCAUUGUGUGAAAAUGUGUAAAGUCCAGAUGCUGAGAGCGCUGGUGAAGCAGCGACUAACUGCGGCUGCUGAGGAGAUAUUUGGGCUGUUUGAAAGGACGAUAGCAGAGUACGAGGAGGAGCUUCGUCGUUCAAAAGAGGAGAACGAGCGACAGCGGGAGCUGCUGGCCGCUGUUUUCCAGCCUCAGCUUCGGCUGCACAGAGCAGACGUCCAGCAGCUGUCGCUGAGUAGAGAAGAGGUUCCUCCCGAGCAGCAGGAGUGGAGCCCCAGUCUGGACCAGGACCCAGAGCCCCCACACAUUAAAGAGGAACAGGCGGAGCUCUGGAUCAGUCAGGAGGGAGAGCAGCUUCAAGGGCUGGAGGAGGUUGAUAUCACCAAGUUCCCAUUCACUCCUGUCCCUGUGAAGAGUGAAGAAGAUGAAGAGAAACCUCAGUCCUCACAGCUUCAUCAAAGCCAAACUGAACAGAUGGAAACAGGAGCUGAUGGAGAGGACUGUGGAGGACCAGGACCAGCCAGGAACUCCGAUCCAGAUACACAUUUACAACCUGAGACUGAUGACAAUACAUCAGACUCUUCUGAGACCGAACACAGUGAUUGGGAUUGGGAGGAGACCAGAGAACCUCAGUCAGGUUUAAACUCUUUGAAACGUAACAAAGUCUCUAAAAGUGGUUUGAGAUGUAGUACUGGCAAGAAACCACUUAGCUGCUCUGAGUGUGGGAAAAGAUUUGGUUGCAAGGGAAAUCUAAAGAGACACAUUAGAAUACACACAGGAGAGAAACCAUUUAGUUGCUCAGUUUGCUUUAGAGGAUUUGCACAAGCACGCUAUUUGAGUCAACACAUGGCGGUUCACUCAGUGGAGAAAAGAUUCAGCUGCAGUGUUUGUGACAAACGAUUCACUUGGGGUUAUCAACUCAAAAGACACACAUGUGUUGGUCAUCCUGAGACUGAGGACAGUGAAACUCAGUCAGGUUUAAACUCUCAGAAAAAUGAUGAAGUCUCUGUCAGUACUUCGAGACGUAGAACUCGUGAGAAACUAUUCAGCUGCUCUGAGUGUGGGAAAAAAUUUGGCUCCAGGGAAGAUCUGAAGAGACACAUCAGAAUACACACUGGAGAAAAACCCUUCAGCUGUUCAGUUUGUAAGAAACAUUUCACACGGAGUGACCACUUGGUGACACACAUGAGAGUCCACACAGGAGAGAAACCCUUCAGCUGCUCGGUUUGUGGUAAAAAAUUCCCUCGCAAGGAAGACUUAGUUCGUCACAUGAGAUUUCAUUCAGGAGAAAAACCUUUCAGCUGUUCAGAUUGUGGUAAAAGAUUUAGCCAGAAGUCAAAUCUGCAGAGCCAUUUGAAAUGUCAUACAGGAGAAAAACCUUUCAGCUGUUUUUCACGGUGGGAUCAGUUACAGAAACGCGAGACUCCACAAAGGAGAGAAACGGUACGGCUGCAGCACCGCACAGCUUCAGCAGCUCAGCUGGACAGAUGGAAACAGGAGCUGAUGGAGAGGACUAUGGUAGAUGAAAGCAGACAUACGUCACUUUCCUGUCUUCAGAACGACCACGCCCCCUUUUUGGUGACAACAAGCGCUGUAAAAGUGCCAGCGCCAAUUGAAAAAACUAGUAGCGCCAUGCAUAAAAGCUACUGCGCCGCAUUUUGCACAUCAAACAAAAAAAAAAAACAAAAACAACCCCAGUUUACAAUUUAUUUUUCCCCAAAAGAACGAAGAACAAUUUUAGUAGAGAUCUGUGGCUUCAGUGUGUCCUGCAGACGUCCAGCAGCUGUCGCUGAGGAAAGAAGAGGUUCCCCUGAGCAGCAGGACUGGAGCCCCAGUCUGGACCAGGACCCAGAGCCCCCACACAUUAAAGAGGAGCAGGAGGAGCUCUGGAUCAGUCAGGAGGGAGAGCAGCUUCGAGUGCUGGAGGAGGCCGAUAUCACCAAGUUCCCAUUCAGUCCUGUCCCUGUGAAGAGUGAAGAAGAUGAAGAGAAACCUCAGUCCUCACAGCUUCAUCAAAGCCAAACUGAACAGAUGGAAACAGGAGCUGAUGGAGAGGACUGUGGAGGACCAGGACCAGCCAGGAACUCUGAUCCAGAUACACAUUUACAACCUGACACUGAUGUCAAGAUUGAAGACUCUUCUGAGACUGAUGACAGUGAUGAUGAUUGGAAGGAGACCAGAGAACCUCAGUCAGGUUUAAACUCUCUGGAAAAUAAUGAAAUCCCUGUAAGCGAUGAGAGAUGUAAUACUGUCAAAAAAUCAUUUAGCUGCUCCGAUUGUGAGAAAAGAUUUCGUACCAAGAGAAAACGGAUGGAACACAUGAGAACUCAUACAGGAGAGAAACCAUUUAGCUGCUCUGAGUGUGAUAAAAGAUUUAGGAUCAAGGAACAACUGCAGAGACAUAUGAGAACGCAUACAGGAGAGAAACCAUUUAGCUGCUCCGAGUGUGGUCAUGGAUUUUCACGAAAGGACAAUAUGACUCAACACAUGGCGGUCCACACAGGGGAGAAGCGAUACAGCUGCAGUGUUUGUGACAAAAAAUUCACUUGGUAUAAAGACGUCAAAACCCACAAGUGUGUCGGUUGUCAGUCCUCGCAGCUUCAUCAAAACCAAACUGAGGAGAACAGAGAGGCAGAGCCUCCAGCCAGCAGCUCAGCUGGACAGAUGGAAACAGGAGCUGAUGGAGAGGACUGUGGAGGACCAGGACCAGCCAGGAACUCUGAUCCAGAUACACAUUUACAACCUGAGACUGAUGACGAGACUGAAGACUCUUCUGAACCUGAAGACAGUGAUGAUGGUUGGAAGGAGACCGGAGAACCUCAGUCAAAAUUAAACUCUUUGAAAAAUAAUGAAUGUAAUUCUCGUGAGACACUCUUUCGCUGCUGUGUGUGUGGGGAAACGGUACAUUUUAGGAAAAAUUUGAGGAUCCACAUGAGAAUUCACACAGGAGAGAAACCAUACACUUGCUCAGUUUGCGGUCAAGGAUUUGGCCAUAACACACAUCUGAAGAACCACAUGACACGCCACACAGGGGAAAAACCUUACAGCUGUUCACAGUGUAAUAGACGUUUUUCACGGUGUGGAUCGUUACAGUUACACAUAAGAACCCACACAGGGGAGAAACCAUUCAGCUGCAGCGUUUGUGACAAAGGAUUCACUAGACGUUACCUGCUCACAGGACACAAGUGUGUUGGUCGUCAGUCCUCACAGAUUCAACAGAACCAAACUGAGGAAGAGAGAAAACCAUUUCGCUGCUCUGAGUGUGGUCAAAGAUUUGGCCGCAAGACAUCUCUGAAGAUACACAUGAGGAUUCACACAGGAGAGAAACCGUUCAACUGCAGGGGUUGUGACAAAGGAUUCACUCAGCUUUGUCAGCUCAAAAACCAUCAGUGUGUUGGUCGGUCCUCACAGCUUCAUCAAAACCAAACUGAACAGAUGGAAACAGGAGCUGAUGGAGAGGACUGUGGAGGACCAGGACCAGCCAGGAAAUCAGAUCCAGAUAGUCUUAAGCCACGUAGACUGAUCAUUGCCUGA